GAUGUGAUGUUGCCGCUUUGCCUUUGGGUAGCUUACUACAAAAUAGGUCAAUCGUUUCGGUCAGAUGUUUCGGUCCAGAUAAUUUAUCGACGAGAACGGAGAAGGUGUUCAGAUGGAUAAGAAGCUGGAACUAGUUCUUCACAAGGGUGGCUGUCACUGCGGAGCGAUACGAUUUCAAGUAUGGGCUCCUCGAGUGCUGCACGUGUUCGACUGCAAUUGCAGUAUAUGUGUGAAGAAACAAAACAGGCAUUUUAUAGUACCUGCUUCUCGCUUUACGCUGAUCAAGGGUGAAGAUAACAUCACUACGUACACGUUCAACACACACGUUGCUAAACACACGUUUUGUAAGACAUGCGGAGUACAGAGCUUCUACAGACCCAGGUCUAAUCCGGAUGGAUACGGUAUUUCACCACACUGUAUCGACCCGGGGACAGUGGAAAGAGAAGAGAUUGAACAGGCGGACGGACAAAACUGGGAAGCUGCCGUCCAAGCAUCCGAUAUCAGCAAGUGGUCAAAAGAAUGAAAAUCCUGAAAAAUAUCCAACACACCAUCUUUGUCCUGUCAAUAAUAUUACUUUGAAAUCCUUUAUUUUCGUAGGCUUAUAUUUUCAUGUUGUUGUGUGUGAGUGUGUGUGUGUGUGUGUGUGGGGGGGGGGGGGG